AGAGUCAGUUCUUGCGAGCAGCUGGAGAGUGCAGUUGGGAGAAUGGGCGACGAUCACAAAGAGGAAACACCUGAGAUCUUGCCCUUCCUAUCGACGGGGCAAACCUAUUCAGAGGCGCGGAGGAUCCAGCCUGGGGAUGAGCAGAAAAUAGAAGACGAUGGUCCAGACACCGCCUGUGGUUUCUGGCUCUUCCAAGGCCGCUUUCUGCAGAGAUUUUCCACGGAGAAAAUGUAUGUGAUUCUGUACGGCUUGUCCGGCUGUGUGUUGACAAUGACCUUUGCCUAUUUCAACGCAACCAUAACGACCUUGGAGAAGCGCUAUAAAAUACCCACAAAGAUCUCGGGUAUUAUCUCAGUGGGCAACGAUAUCAGCACCAUGUUAACGGCCGCCGUCUUGGGCUACUAUGCGGGCAACGGCCAUCGACCGCGCUGGAUGGGUAUAGGUCUGCUAACAAUUGUCGCCUUCUGCCUGUUGUCGGGAUCACUGCACUUCAUUUAUGGAGCCGGCGAGGAUGCUCUGAAGCUAACCCGAGAGUACGGCGGUCAGGCUGAGGCCAACGACACGCAACAGGACCAGAAACUGUGCCAGACAAGUACGUCUGGCUGUGUCCAGGAUGUGGGCGUGUGGGUGCCGCAGGCAUUUCUGUUUGGCGCACAGCUCAUAUCGGGAGUGGGCCAGGGACUCUUCUACACGCUGGGCAUAUCCUACAUGGAUGACAACGCCACCAAGUCGAAGACCCCAGCCAUGCUGAGUAUGUCGACUUUCCUGCGCAUGCUGGGCCCCGCCAUCGGUUACUCCCUGGCUGCCGUCUGCUUGCGGAUGUACAUAGAACCCACAAUGGAGCCGCUGAUUGCCAGGGAGGAUCCCCGCUGGCUGGGAGCCUGGUGGCUGGGGUGGCUCAUCCUCUCGGGGAUGUCGUUGAUUGCUGCCCUGGUCAUGUUCAUGUUCCCCAAGGAGCUGCCCAGUACCCGGGAGCGACGGGUGAAGAACAGGCAGACGGACAGCAAAGGUGAAACGGAUGUCAAAGAGCUUUCCAUUGCAGACAUGCUAAAGUCGGUCAAGAGACUCGCAGGCAACAAGGUUUACGUGCACAACACCAUGGCAUCCAUCCUCUACUUCUUCGGGUACAUGGCCUACUGGAUAUUCACGCCCAAGUACAUCGAGACCCAGUACAGACAGUCGGCGGCAAUGGCAACGAUGGCCACGGGAACCGUUGCGCUCGGCUUCUCCGCCGUUGGCGUACUUAUCUCCGGCUAUGUGAUAUCCAAGUACAAGCCGAGCGCCCGGGCCAUGGCUUCUUGGAAUGCCGCUGUGGACUUCAUGACUGUGGCUGGCAUCCUGUGCUACGUGGCCAUCGGCUGUGAGGGCAGCGACAGUCUGAACUCCCUGGCCACACUGUCCGCCGGCGACAGCUGCAGCGCCUCCUGCCACUGCGACUACGUCCACUACGCCCCCGUCUGCACUCCGGAGAACAUCACCUACAUAUCAGCCUGCCACGCAGGAUGCUCGGAGGAGGCCAUGGAUGACCUGGGACGGACCAUUUACACCGGCUGCAAGUGCAUGACCUCCUCGAACCUGAUUGCUGACCCAGAGACACAAUUCGCUUUGGAUGGAGCCUGUCCGGUGGACUGCUUCAAUCAGUUCCUCAUCUUCCUGUCCGUGAUGUGCUUGCUAAAACUUGUGGGGGCUUCCAGUAAGUUAACCAAUCUGCUCAUUGCCCUGCGCUGCAUACCGCAGGAGGACAAGACGUUCGCCUUGGGGCUUGGCUCCAUGGCGGCUUCCUUGCUGGGAUUCAUUCCAAGUCCCAUAUUCUUUGGCUGGCUCAUCGACAACUAUUGCCUGGUUUGGGGCAAGACAUGCUCCAAUAAGGGCAACUGUUGGCUCUACGACACAAAGUCCUUGCGUUAUGCUCUCAAUCUCACGGCGGCUUCGUUUAUAUUUGUGGCCGGCUUCCUCAACAUCUCAGUUUGGUAUCAUGCCAAGAAUCUCAAGAUAUUCGACGAGGACGAGUCAGCGGAUACACAUGUGGAGCUGGAGGAAUACACACUAACCAAAAAAAAGUCUCCAGAUAACGAAUAAAUUUAGCUUUCGAGCCGUA